UUCAAGAGGAACAGAAGUUUUUGUAAUUGUUCUUUGUUACAGAAUUUAUAGGAGCAUUAUUCUGUUGCAUAUCUUAUGUGUUCGCAGAUUACGACAAUGGAUUUAAUUUUUUUGACACUAUGUACUCUUUGCAUCGUUGUAAUUUUCGCAUUUCUACCAAAAGUGCAUCAUCAUUAUGUUAUGCGACAGAAACUCAAAAAUCUACCCUCACCUGUUACUGGUUCAAUAUUUAAGUUAAUGAGGUUAUCAGAUUAUGAGCGCAUGAAAUUGUUUCUUAUGGAAAUAGAGAAGUGUAAAGAAGGAAUAUUCGUACACUAUAUCGGAAUUACACCUUAUAUUAACAUAUUUAAGCCAGAAUACUUGCAGCAUAUUUUACCUAGCACUGUAAAUAUCACAAAAGGAGAUUUCUAUGAUAUGCUGAAACCUUGGUUGGGCAAUGGACUUUUGACAUCUACAGGUGAACAAUGGUUCCACGAUAGAAAACUCAUCGGGCCAACGUUCCAUUUUAGUGUAUUAGAUCAAUUUGCUAUGAUUGUGUUUGAAAAAGCAGAGAUUCUGACAAAGUGUCUCCAAAAAGAGAUAGAAAAGGAUCCAGGAAAAGCCGUUAAUAUUUUCCCUUUUAUUAUCAAUGUUGCUCUCGAUAUUAUCUGCGAAACAGCAAUGGGUGUGGAUAUACAUGCUCAAGAAGUUGUAACCAAAUAUACAUCAACAGUACACCUAACUUCCUCGUUAACAACAAAACGACUAUUUCGACCGUGGCAUUGGAUUGAAUGGUUGUACUAUUUACUGCCUACAGGGAAACAGUUUAAAUCAGCGCUUGAUAUAUUACAUGGAUUUACAAAAGAGGUGAUAAGAAAGAGAAAAAUUGAACGACAAUCGCAAAACGGCCAUACGGAACUCGAAAAUGAAGAUAAUGAAUUUAAUAUAGGUAAGCGUAAGAGACAGGCGUUCUUAGAUUUAUUAUUAGAUCAGAAUGAGAAAUCUGAUACUCCUUUGACCGAUGAUGAGUUGAGAGCGCAAGUUGACACAUUCAUGUUUGAAGGACAUGAUACAACUGCAGUUGCGAUAACUUGGACGCUCUUUCUUUUGGGCAAUAAUUUAAAGCAUCAGGCAAAAGUUCAUGAAGAACUCGAGGAAGUUUUCGGAGAUUCAGAAACACCAGCCAGUUUAAAGGAGCUGUCGAAAUUAAAGUAUCUCGACAGAGUCAUAAAGGAGACACUCCGAAUAUUUCCGAGUGUACCUAUAAUUACAAGGGAAUUAUCGAAAGAUGUAAAAAUAGAUAAUUUUAUACUUCCGAAAGGUGUUAUGGUCGUGUUGGCAAUCUUAUUAACACACCGAAAUCCGGUGGUUUGGCCGGACCCAUUGAAAUUCGAUCCGGAUCGCUUUCUUCCAGAAAACUCGAAGAACAGAAAUCCGUACGCCUAUAUUCCGUUCAGCGCUGGACCAAGAAACUGUAUAGGUCAGAAAUUCGCUCAACUCGAAGAAAAAACCGUGUUGACUGCUAUUCUCAGGAAAUGGAGAGUGAAAAGUGUGAAAACAGUCGACACGAUUAAAUUCGAAGGUUCUCUCACUUUACGACCAAGUGAAGAUGUAUUAAUGCAUUUCACGCCGAAGAAAUGAACAAUUUGUUAUCAAAUAAGAUAGUUGGCCCAGAAAUCGUCAAGAUACUAGUAAUCGAAAUUUCAUGCAUUAAAGACGUAUUUUAGUGCUUUCUGUCGAGCGUGAGACUAGCUAAUAUUUUUAUUGGUUUCAAGAAAGUAUUUAUAAUAUUGUGUUACAUUGUGAAAGUCCUAAAUAUAUGAAUUCACUAUUGAUUAAAUCGAAUAUGUGCAGCAACCGAGCCUGUGUGAUUUCGAUCAACUGUUUCAUUAUGAAGUUAAAAGACAUUGUUUGACAUCUCGUGUGAUUUUGGAGUAUUGGCAACUUGUAUGAAAUAAAUUGAGCUUCGAAUUAUAAAUCGAGAUCACAGUUUUAUGUUUUGAUCGCAGUUUUACACAUAUUACUAUUUCAUUAUCAUAUUUCAUUAUCAUAUCAUAUUUCACAUAUUUAUUUAUACGUUUUUUUACGUGACAUGUACUGGUUCACUGAAGCACGUUCGAGCCAUAUCUGUCGAUUACUAGCUGAAAAAAAUUCUUGUCAAAAUCAAUAAUAAUGUAUCCAAAAUUGAAAUAAAAAAAUUAGAUCCGUAAUUGUUAUCUAGACAUUCUACGGACCAGUAAUCAUCAUAGGCAUAGUCGAGUUAAUAAAUUGAUACGCAAAUAAAUAAAGAAUGUCGAUUACUAGAUCAUUUCGAUAACUGGUACGUCUAGAACAGAGAUCGGCACUAUUCGAAUAAAAAUUAAUUUACAAUUCUUUUCUAUUCUUC